UUGAUAAAAAAAACAUGAUUUUCCAAAAAAAAAAAAAAGUUAUUAGCCCUUUUUACCUAAGUACCUGUACCUAGAGUGCCUCGAUAGAGAGAGUGUGGUCAUACGUUAUCACAAAUUUGAUUGGCCGAAUGAAUUGGUCGCCAUUAGUUUGCUAACUAUAUUAUGAUAACAGUGUUUUUAUAUUGUUGUCAAUGCAAUAGAUGCAAUCUAAUUUGGAUUUUUUCAAGAUAUAUAAAGAAUAGUUAGAUCUUAGAAUUUUUUAAGCGUGAAUUGAAAAUGCCUGGAUGUGCUGCAAUCAAUUGUUCCAAUUCUGUUACAAAAGGAUUUCUAAUGAAGCAUUUUCCUAAGGACAAAGUUAGAAGAAAAUUAUGGUUAGUUAAAAUGAAGAGGGAUAAUUGGUCUCCUACCAACUAUUCUUGUUUAUGUGAAAUCCACUUUGGAGAAGAUAUGUGGGAAAAAACACGUGAAGAUGGAAGUCGGCGGUUGAAAAAUGAUGCUGUGCCAACUAUAUUUUCUUUCACAAAAGAAAAAACAAAAAGAAAACCCCCUACAUAUAGGCAAGUAACAUCUAUUAUAAAUAAUCAAGUCUCAAAGCCACAAGAAAAAUUAAAAACUUCAUAUCAACAAACUCGUGAUAAUGAUGAUGUAAGUUUAGAUAAUAAUUUGGAAUCAAAUAAUUCAGAAAAUCAGAAUAAAAUGAAGUAUGAAAGUAUGUUAAAAAAAAUGUUGGAGUAUGAAAAGGAAUACAAAAGAACAGUUAGUAAAGCAAAUAGAUAUAAAAAACAAUUGCAAUAUUUGAAAAAUAAGUUAAAAAUAAGUAAUGACACAAAAAAUACUCAAAUGUUAAAUUCAGUUUUUAAUAUUGACCAGAUAAAUGCAUUAAAUAGAAAUUCCACAAAAUUUAUGAAAUGGUCCAAUUCAACUGUAAUGAAGGCAUUAAAGCUAAAAUUUAGUUGUGGCAAUAAUGGGUAUGAAGAAUUACUUAAACAAAAUAUUCCUCUACCAUCUUUAAGAACAAUAAGGAGAAGACUUCAGCAUUUAAAGUUUGAUGUGCAAUUACUAAGGUUACCAUAUAAGCCUGAAGAAAAAAAAAUAGAGGACAGUUAUUGAGGCAUAAUUUGUAAAAUUAAAUAAAAAACACACAUUGAAUGAUUA